AUGUUACUCAAGCGGAACAGUAAUGACAACCACUAUCCAUCGCUCAGAGUGAGUGAUUUAAUCAUUCGAAAGAACAUACCAAACAUACUAGGUCGGAACAGCAUUCUGGCUAGCGCGGCUUACGGGUCGCACGCUGCUGCCGGGGCCUGGUGGGGGCAGCACUCCCAUUCGGUGCACACGGCCGGUGCUGCCAUGUACGAGGACCCUUCCGGGGGUCAAACAAGUGUUGGCGGCCGGAGUCCACCGUCUCUGCAAAAUACCACCCAUAGCUCAAACCAUAUCGUGCAACAGCAGCAGCAGCAGCAAAGUCAACAACAGGCUGCAGCACAACAGCAACAGCAAGCACCAGCACAGGUGCCAUCACAGGUUACAUCGCAGCAAACAAACUCUUCUUCGGCCGGCCAGCAGAACAGUUCUGUUGUGUCCUCCCAGACUCAGAUUGUUGCACCUUCAACGGCUAGCGAAUCUCCUGCCAGCGUGAGCUCCCAACCUUCAGCAAAACGUCCAGCAUUCGAGACCGAUUCGUCCCGUCUGCGGCACUCCUAUCCAUGGGGCUACGACUCGGGUGCCGAUUCAGCGUAUCAUCCACAGUAUGGACCGUACGGGCUGGGAGCCGACAUCAAGCCCAUGUACUACCCGGGAUAUCCAACCGAGGCCAACUUUCAACCACAUCAUUACUACCCAAAGUACGAACCUGAUGCGUACAUCGCGUCCAGUGAACGUACUCGGGCAGUGACGGCGGACGCUCCUUCGAUACAAUCUAGUUACGAUACGUACAAUUCUACGGGACUCCGGCCGUACAGUGAAACAUAUCCCACUCCCGUUGGUUCCAGUCUUUCCGUGGGAGUAAGCGGUGUAGGUUCCUGUACACCUUCCAACCCGCUCGAAUGGACUGGCAAUGUGACGGUGCGGAAGAAGCGAAAACCCUACUCAAAAUUCCAGACACUCGAACUGGAGAAGGAGUUCCUAUUCAAUGCCUAUGUUUCCAAGCAGAAACGAUGGGAGUUGGCCCGCAAUUUGAAUCUUACAGAACGACAAGUUAAGAUAUGGUUCCAAAAUCGGCGGAUGAAAAACAAGAAAAACUCUCAACGACAGGCAGCACAAGCCAACAGUAGCAGUAGUAGCAGCUCCAGUCAUAAUCAUGCACAGCAACAGUCACAUCACAAUCCGCAUCAUCUAAAUCUAGGGCUGGGCAUGCCUCUGCACGGUUCGAAAAUGCAUCAGUGA